GAUCUAUAUUAACAUUAAAGUCUCCACCAAGUAUAUUUAUUGAUUCUUCAUCUCAGGAUGGACUCCAUCUUUCAAAGAAUUCACUUCUGUCUUUGUUGUUUGAAGGAGGCAUAUAUAUUAGUGACAUGAAACAUGUGGUCCUUGUAAGCGAUUCUUAUAAAUAUGAUUCUUCCCCAUGGGAUGUCUGA